AUGUUAUUUUCUAAUUUUGUCGAUGCAUACAGAUACUUAUCCAUUGAAUCAUUCUCCCUAUUUAUUAAUACAUAUAAAUCUGAAGAACAACAAUCAUUUAUAGAUACUUAUUUGAAACCAAUUUUAAUACCAAGAGUUUCUGGCACAGAAAACAGUCAAAAAGUUCAAAAUUUUAUUAUUAAAAAUUUUAAUAAACUUGGUUGGGAAGUUGAACAAGAUAAAUUUAAGGAUCAAACACCAUAUGGUAAAAUAGAAUUCAAUAAUAUCAUUGUAACAAAAAAUCCAAAUGCUUCAAAAAGAUUGGUAUUGGCUGCUCAUUAUGAUUCAAAACUUAUUAUGGAGAAGACACCAGGUGAUGAUAGGAAAUAUGUUGGUGCAACAGAUUCAGCUUUGUCAUGUGCUAUUUUAAUGCAUCUAGCUAAUAAAUUAGAUCCAUUUUUAAUGAAAAAAAAUGACAAUAAAACUACACUUCAAUUGAUUUUUUUUGAUGGUGAAGAAGCAUUUGUAAACUGGUCUGCAACUGAUUCUUUAUAUGGAUCAAGACACUUGGCAGAAAAAUGGGAAAAUACAUAUACCAAAAAUCAAAAAACAAUGUUAGAUGGUAUUGAAGUAUUAGUAUUACUUGAUUUAUUAGGUGCAAAAGAACUAAGUUUGGUGAAUUUUUAUCCAAAAACUUCAUGGAUGUUUAAAGAAAUGGCAAAAAUUGAAAGACAAUUACGGAAUUUAAAAUUACUUAAAACAUCCAAUACUGCUACAAACAACAAUAAAAUGAUUUUUGAUGAAUAUUCAAUAUACACCUUUAGAGCACAUAUUGAUGAUGAUCAUAUACCUUUUUUAAAAAGGAAUGUACCAAUAUUACAUUUGAUUUCUUAUCCAUUUCCUGAUGUGUGGCAUACUUUAGAUGUAGCAAUUGAUCUAAAUACUGUGCAUGACCUGAAUUUGAUUUUCAGACUAUUUGUAGCACAAUAUUUAGAUAUAGAUCCAUCAUCAUCUGUAAUAAAAACUCAUCAAGAGUUAUAA